AUAAUAAUCAUACCUAGUUCUAGUACUUUGCAAAGUCUGAUUCGAGCGGACCAUCAAAAAAGAAGCUGUAGCAUGUGCAUCGGCAGAUCCAUCAUCUGCAGAGAAUUUGACAGAAUCUUUUCCGAGGCCAAAAGCAGAAMUCAAAUAAACUACCACUUCUGCGGCUGCCUUWRAUCGGAUGCAAAUUUUUACGUCCAUCCAAAUUCUUUGUCGAUGGAGCUUCUCAUCACGUACUUCUUUAACGGCGAAAGAUCUAAAAGCCAGCAUCACAACAACCACUCAUAUUCCAAAAAAUCUGCAACUGGAUCAAAUCAGUCACGACCCUAACAACRACCAUCACUGACUGAUGACACACAAUGAAGGCACAUGGAACUAAAACGACGAAGACAAGUACAAUGAUGGCAUCCAAGCAAAACAGAUUCGGCGAUAGGCUUUUUGGAGCCCGCAAGGUGCUCUUGCCAUGUCUCAUACUUGUAGUGGCAGUKGUUCUGGCCUCUCCAACAAAAUGCCCAUUCGCUGUAGAGGCUACGGCUGUCGACAAGAAURCAAGCUCUUUGAGAGGCCAAUCCAUUCGAAGACACCGUCGUUCGGAAUCGAUUGCAUCACAAACGACGWACUCACAAACGACGAACUCAGAGAUACCAUUAUCCAAUAAUCCUUCAAAAGUUAGGCGAAAACUGCUGUCAAAAAAGCGCUACUUUGCAAGAUAUUCGGGAUCCGUCGGUCGAGCAUCGGUCCAGCGAUGUGCAAAAUCGAUUUUGGAAGACGACGAUGACACAGACUACACGGUUUUCGAAGUAGAUUUUGAAAUUGAAGUAGAURUCGACGCWGACAUUGGUAUCGAUGAAAUAAUGCAAAAAGGUCAUUUGGUGUAUGAUCAAGAUUUCAAUUACGACAUCAGUAGUGGCGGAAGCAGCAGCAAUAAUGAUGAUGUAGAAGGAUGCAUUUCCUCCCUUCGAAAGAUGAACGACAUUUURGAUGUGGAGGAGGAUCGUCGAGUCUCGCUAUUUCAGGAAUCAUUAGUUUCGCCGUCAUCGUCGACAGAGGGCUUCGAAGAGGGAUCUGAAGAAUUCCCAUGGAAUGUCGAGGCCAUCCAAGCCGAUUGGGUGCCACCGGGUUCCAACAAGGUGACAGUAUGGUAAGUAAUCACCUUCCUCUGUACGGUAUGGUAGUUMCCGCUCCAUACGAUACCUCGAAUUUKUAUCUAGGGGAAUAAUUUUUAUUYMGCCUUUUCAUUGGCUGCRCACUCCAGCGCGAGCAAGAUGAGAGGCGUCGACUGUAACGUGGAUGAAUUAUGAGAACAGAAGAGCAUCGAUUGAUGUCGAAAGCUAUGCCAUUGCGUUAUUCUAAGCAAAAUCUAAAGACUUCGUUGUUUUUUCCUUCCAACAACCCUCCCUUCCCUCUUGUAUUGAUCAUGGAUACAGUGUAGUUGAUACCGGAAUAGCUGCCAAUCAUCCUGGGUUUCCGUCAACGCCGUCCUCUACAGACCUAGGAGAGAAAGGAAUUUAUCGAAUAAAGGGAAAAGAUUUUCGAAAUCUCUCAUUUACCGGUGGAGCCAGUGGCACACGAUUGAUGAAAUGGAACCGUGACAUCAAUGGCCAUGGCACUCACGUGGCUGGGGUAAUAUUUAACGUUGUCGAUGCCAGUAGAUAUAUUACAGGGACGCCAAACAAUGUUGAGCUCUUCGUCGUGAGCGCCUUCGACGGAAACGACGUUGGAUACGAAUCAGACGUGGUACGUGCGGUACGAACAUGUGUUGGGGAAGCCAAAGCAGAUGUGAUAAAUUUGUCCCUCGGAAAUGUCUAUCCAUCAUCGUUCAGUGCUGCGUUGUAUGCCAGUAUUGUYGAGCAGGGUGGGGCAAUCAUGGUUGCAGCAGCUGGGAACAAGCACGAAGGCGCGGAAGACUUUGACUUUUAUCCAGCAUCGAUCCCGUCAGUCAUUAGUGUUGGAGCCGUCGAAAGAGGUGGAUCCCACUUUCCAAGUUCCAUUCGAAACAAUCAAGUUGAGCUUGUCGGGCCAGGUCACGAAAUCCUGUCCACCGGAGUGAGAUGGAAUGAAGAAAAAAGCGAGAUGGAAUACGUCUACGAGCGCCGAUCGGGAACAUCAAGUGCAGCUCCCCACGUGACCGGGGCGGUAGCCUUGCUCAAAAGCCACUAUCCCACAUGUUCCAGUCGACAGAUACGAUAUGCCAUGGCCAAGACCGCCGUUCGUAGCGAGAACAAGAAUUCGAACUCUAACUCGGAGGAGGAGAAAACAACAGAAUGUGACUCGGCAGAAGGAUACGGGAGUAUCCAGGUACGAGAUGCUCUCGAUUGGUUGUUGUUCAUGGGAGGGUGUGACUCAUGGGACGUUGAGUUGACAAGUCUUGGGGGAUGUAGCAC